AUGAUCAGUGAUAGUGCUGGAAUUAAAUUUUUUGCCGAUCAUUUACCCAUCUUGAAGGACGACUAUCAUCGACUCCAAUCGGCAACAUCGGAGCAACGGGAAAUAAUUGGAAAACAGCAACGCUUGCUCGGUAAUCGCAUCAACGUCCUCGAAGACAUCCAGAUUUGUCCACCGUUUGACCCAUCGACCGGGCUAGUGCAAUUAGAAUUUGUGGAAAUGAUUGGCAAAUUAAAUGUUGGAGAAGUGAUUGACCUAAGUGACGCUCAAUUGGUUGACAUCAAUGAAACAGAAUUCAUCGCAUACAUGAAAGGAGCCACCGAACCGUCUAGCGAAGCCACCGAACCGUCUAGCGAAUCCACCGAACCGUCAUGCGAAUCCACCGAACCGUCUAUCGAAGUCACCGAACCGUCUAGCGAAUCCACCGAACCGUCAUGCGAAUCCACCGAACCGUCAUGCGAAUCCACCGAACCGUCAUGCGAAUCCACCGAACCGUCUAGCGAAUCCACCGAACCGUCUAGCGAAGCCACCGAACCGUCUAGCGAAUCCACCGAACCGUCAUGCGAAUCCACCGAACCGUCUAUCGAAGUCACCGAACCGUCUAGCGAAUCCACCGAACCGUCAUGCGAAUCCACCGAACCGUCAUGCGAAUCCACCGAACCGUCAUGCGAAUCCACCGAACCGUCUAGCGAAUCCACCGAACCGUCUAGCGAAGCCACCGAACCGUCUAGCGAAUCCACCGAACCGUCAUGCGAAUCCACCGAACCGUCUAUCGAAGUCACCGAACCGUCUAGCGAAUCCACCGAACCGUCAUGCGAAUCCACCGAACCGUCAUGCGAAUCCACCGAACCGUCAUGCGAAUCCACCGAACCGUCAUGCGAAUCCACCGAACCGUCUAGCGAAUCCACCGAACCGUCUAGCGAAGCCACCGAACCGUCUUGCGAAUCCACCGAACCGUCUAUCGAAGUCACCGAACCGUAUCACGAUUGGAGUGCAAAUAUCCCAUUUGUAAUUGGAUCUGGCAUCACGAACAUGAAGAACUCAUGUUACGUUUCGUCGAUUCUGCAGAUGUUCUUCCAUUUGCCUCAUUUCGCACAUUGGCUGUUGCAUGGUACACAGCAUUCAGUUCUCUGCAAUAACCAGUGCUCAAAUUCGUUAUCCUGUCCGAAUUCGCUAUGGUUCCACUUGCGGCAAAUGUUCAACACUGUACGUGCCAACACAGUAGCAUCUCCCGCUGGAUUCCUAGGACAUUUUCGAGCACUUACACCUAUGUUUCCCGCAUCAGUGCAACAAGAUGCGAACGAGUUCAUGUUAACAUUGAUCGAACUCGUUGGAAAAGAAAAUCCUGACACCGAGCCGUUCUCGUCGACAUUCAAUGUUACGCUUCUUCAUCGUAAGGCGUGCUUAAAAUGCGAUCAUGAAACACAACAUGAAGAAGAUGCUUCGAGUGUGGUUUUACCAAUUCACGCCAACGACAACGACUUGAGCCACAUGCUUGCCAACUAUUUUAGCUAA